UGUAGAUCGAGGGCGGUCGUCGUUAAAUUGAGCGUUGAGCGGAGUGUUUAUAUACAAGUUCUUCUUAACUAAAAUUUAUUUUAGCUCAUCUCUCAGUUGUAUAUGGUCGGUGCUGGUUUUUAAUUGCUGAGCAGUGAGGAGCCACAAUGAAGUCACUCGGGCUUUUUCUAACGCUGGCGGCGUUUGUCUCGGCGUCGGCGCAGCCGCCGUACGCCGGACUGGCGGCGAGAGAGUGGGGCUCGGCGGCGGUGGCAGCGGCCGAGUACAUCACGGUGGAGCCGGUGGAAGAGUACCUACCGCCGAUAAAGCAGCCGUACUACUGCUCCCACUGUAACCCUGAACAGGUCCACAUUGCCUUUGGCGAAAAAUCCAACGACAUCGUAGUAACGUGGUCAACAUUCAACGAUACCCCCAGCGUGGUCCACUACGGUGUGGAGGAGUUGCAGCACUAUGCGUACGGCGCUAGCUCGUUGUUCGAAGACGGCGGGAACGAGCGGCGCCAGCAGUACACACACCGCGUCACGCUGCCGGAUCUGCAGUACGACACUAAGUAUGUGUACAACGUAGGCUCAGAGUACGGCGUGUCGAGCCUGUUCUCCUUCCGCACGGUUCCGAAAGGGAACAACUGGCCCGUGCGCGCUGCCGUAUUCGGAGACAUGGGCACUGAGGGCGCCAAAGCAAUGCCAUACCUCCAAGAGGAAUCCGAAAUGGGCCACUUCGACCUGAUUCUCCACGUGGGCGACAUGGGCUACGACAUGGCGACAGACAACGCGAGGGUCGGCGACCAGUUCAUGCGGCAGAUCGAGCCCAUCGCGACCAUGGUCCCCUACAUGACGUGCGUUGGCAACCAUGAAGAGGCCUAUAAUUUUAGCAACUACCGGGAGCGCUUCUCAAUGCCGGGCGGCACGGAGAGCAUGUUCUAUAGCUUCGACCUGGGGCCAGUGCACUUCGUUGCCAUCUCCACCGAGUAUUAUUACUACAUCAAAUAUGGAGUGAAGAUGAUCUACGAACAGUACCAGUGGCUGGAAAAGGAUCUGGCCAUGGCUAGUCAUAGGGAGAAUCGGACGGUGCGGCCGUGGAUCGUGCUGAUGGGCCACCGGCCCAUGUACUGCAGCAACGCCGACGACCUCCCGGACUGCGAGUACGAGUUCUCGCGCACCGGCAACCCCUUCUUCGGACACGGGCUCGAGCCGCUGCUGCAGCAGUACGCCGUGGACCUGGUGUUCUGGGCGCACGAGCACUCGUACGAGCGGCUGUGGCCCCUCUACAACAACACCGUUUACAACGGCUCGCUGGCCGCGCCCUACACCGACCCGAGAGCGCCUGUCCACAUCGUAACGGGGUCCGCGGGUAACCAUGGCGGUCAGGACCCUUUUACUGGCACGCACCCGCCGUGGUCGGCGUUCCGCACCGACGACUUCGGCUACACGAGGAUGGUGGUGCACAACCACUCGCACAUCUACAUCGAACAGACGUCUGUGGAGAGAAACGGCGACGUCGUGGACUCCUUCUGGCUCGUCAAGCACAAGCUCUCCUUCAACGAUCCCGACCACUAAUGACCUCUUUAUACCUAUGCUCACAAAUUGUUUAAAAUAUUCAUUUUCCACCUAUUAACCUACGUAAUAAUCAUUAAGCAAAGUACUCCAUCUGGCUGAUCAAGUUUAAUCCUAGAAUAGGGCGUCGACUAAAAGUGUUCAAUUGCUCAUUAUAUUACACCAUGUAGUUUGAGAUUCACAGAUAGUUUUUAAACAUUUACUUUUCUAUAUAUUGUUAGCCAAGUUCUGUACCGAGGAGCGGAAUGGUCGUAGAAAAGAUUGAAAUGGCAACGGCAGAGACCAAGUCCUUUUAUCGACAAUCGAUUGGAACGAUACCUAAAGGGGCCCACUGA